GAACGAAAUGGCGCGGGGGGGGGGUGGCAACCACCCCCCCCCCCCCAUGUGCGUUCUAGGAUGGGAAAAUGGCAUGUGCGGGCGAGGGUUAACCAGCAGUGUUUAAGACGGUGUCUAAAGAGCAUCUUCUUCCGCUGUUGCUCAUGCUGAUGAUUCGAGAGACAUUUUCAACGGAUCAGCAUGCCGCAUUACAUUACCAAAUGCCAAGACGAUGGUGACUUCAUGAUGUGCAGCACGGCAGGUUGACCUCUGCAACUGAACUUCCUGAAAUCAGCUACCCAUCACACCAUGGAGGGACUUGGAACACGACUAUCGGAGCUUGGGUACAAAAUAACGCGAAAACGGCCGGUUAUUGCGAAAACUUCACGCGAGGAUCCGUUACUGAAAAGGAAUCUUACAACUUUCGACCUCACCCUACUUGGCGUCGGCCACAUGAUCGGCACGGGAAUGUACGUCCUCACGGGCACUGUAACCCGCGACGUCGCCGGGCCGAGCAUCAUCAUCUCCUUCCUAGUGGCCGCUUCGGUGGCGCUGCUGGCCGCCCUCUGCUUCGCCGAGUUCGCCUCGCGAGUCCCCCGCUGCGGCAGCACCUACGUCUACUCAUACAUCACGCUAGGAGAGCUGCCAGCGUUCGUCGUCGGCUGGAAUAUGGUGCUCGAGCAGUUGAUCGGCACAGCCGCAGCGGCCCGCGCCUGGAGUGGCUAUGUGGACAGCCUGGCCCGCGGCGCCAUCCACAACGCCACGUCCGGCAGUUUGUCCGGCAGUGGCUCCCACCACGCCGAGUGGGCCGACCAGCUGGACUUCCUGGCCGCCGGCGUGGUCAUCCUGGUCACCCUGCUGCAGGCCAUCGGGGCCAGGUGCUCCACCAACAUCUGCAGUCUGUUCUCACUGGUGAACGUCGCUGUCAUUUUGUUCGUGUCCACGUACGGCCUGUGGUUCGCCAGCCUCUCUAACUGGAACGACUUCACUCCGUACGGCGUGUCCGGCCUGCUCUCCGGAGCCAGCAGCUGCUUCUUCGCCUUCGCCGGCCUGGACAGCAUGGCCAUCGCUGCUGAGGAGGCCAAAGAUCCUGGUUAUUCGGUCCCACGAGCGGCGUUCUACGCGCUGGGCAUCGUGACCUUCGGCUACGUGGCUCUCUCGGUGGCUCUAACGCUGAUGGUUCCGUUCAACUUGGUCAGCGUCAGGGCCGCGCUCACCGCCGCCUUCGCCUUCCACAACGUGGGUUGGGCGCAGUACCUGCUCUCAGUGCUAUCGCUCUCCGGUCUGGGCGGUGUACUCUUCGCCCACAUGUACUCCCUACCGCGGUACAUGUGUAUCAUGGCGACAGACGGACUGGUCUUCCGAUUCUUCGGCAGAGUCAGCAAUCGAAACCAGGUACCCGUCCUGAACACGUUCCUGCUCGGCGGCGUAGCAGCCUUCCUAGCGCUGUCUAUGGACAUCGCACGCCUCGUAGAUUACCUGGCCAUGGGCACGCUGGUCGGAUACAGCAUGGUCGCUCUGGCGGUGCUUCAUCUUCGCUAUCGGGCCACUCUUCUCAACAGCGACGGCACGGAGACCACAGACUGUAUCGGAGGCGAGCUCAAGGAGAGCUGCCACUUUCUGGACCCGUUCAUCGCCCGGCUGCCGUACGGCGCCGUGCCCACCAGCGCCAUCUAUGCGUUCACGGCAGCCAGUUUUCUGCUGAGUUACUUGGUGGCGCAUACGUCGGACUCGGCCAGCGCAGCUGGGGUCAUCGUCAUACUGCUGCUCAGCAUUGUCCUGGCCUGCUGUCUCGCGACGUUACUGGCGUUUGAGCAGACGGUGCCCCACUCGUUCGCGGUGCCGUUCUGUCCGAUGGUGCCGCUGCUGGCCAUCUGGCUGAACAUGCUGCUGCUGACGUUCCUCCGACCCAGCACCUUCCUCGGGUUCUUCAUCUGGAUGUUACUGGGAUUGUUGACCUACUUCAGCUACGGCCUGCGCCACAGCACGGUGGAUGAGGCGUGGCGUGUUCGACCCCUCUCCGAGACGGACUCUAUACCUCAGUGGUACGGUACCGCUCCGCCGGGUACCACUCCGAACCCGUGCGGUUUGUCAGCGCCAUCUGUACCCGAGUACCCGCCGAGUACACCCGAGUUCCGUCCGGGUACCCUGGAGUACUGUCCCGAAACUCCAGACAGCCAGCGGUACCCUCUGGAGGGAAAGCACUCACGAAGGGACAGCAGAUACAGUCAGUUUUCUACAGGAAAGCAGUGGGACACCUCGUCGUUGGGAUCGACGCAGAGUAGAAUGGAUAUUGGAAUAGAUGAUAGUCUACCAAGAGCUGGCGACAAGUGGAGGGUGCCUCCCCGAAGUCGCACACCAAGUCCCUCCGCGGAGUCCUGGCGAUUGCCUAACUCGAGUGUGAUUCCAAACCCGACACCGAGUCCACUGCCGACUCUGAGUCCGAGUCCAGCACAGAGUCCAAACCCGAGUCCAAUCCCUAGUCCAGUUCCGAGUCCCAGUGCGAGUCCAAAGCCGAUUCGGAGUCAGAGGGCGGCACAGAGCGGGGCGGAAACGCCCGACAUCCGGCGGAAGGAGUCGGAUGUUCGACCUGAGCUGAGGCGGCAGAGCGUUACGGACACAGAAAGCCUUCCAAGCCUGCAGUAUGACGAAAUGUACCGCACCGCCUACUAAGUCCAGUCGCUUCUUUGGAAUGGUUUGAGAGCUGAUUAAAAGCAGUGUUUUGACAAACUUUUGAAGGGCGGAUUACCGACGUGAUGCCUCUAACUCGGCUUGGUUAGGGUAAGCCAGAAGUAAGUUGUGUGCAUAUUGGGUUUAUUACAGUCUAACUUUUAUUUUUUCGAUCGUCUUGAGUGUUUUCGUAGUGUCCGCUGAGCAUUCAGUGUUUAGAGUGUUCGGUAAACGAUGUAAGUAUGCCUCGAAUAUAGUGUGUUACGUGAAGUGUCAUUCAAUACAUAGAAAGUUUGUCAAUUUAUUUUAAAAAAGAUAAAAAAGAUUGCUUGAAAAAAAUUGUUUGUUGCUAGUUAGAUACCCUCGCUUUGACCUUAUUUGCAAUGGAACGGCAAUCGAGUGGCUCGCAGUUGCACGAAUAAACGAGGGUCAUGCCAGUGUGAUAAUCAAUACGCACCAUUACCGCUACUCCAUUCAUCAACUAGCACACCUGUUUAUUCUUGGUUUAUUCAUGUCG